AUGGUGUGCAGGUUUCAGCUACACUUCCAGACUAAGAAGAAGAGUCCCAUCACUGUGGCUCCUGCAAUGAAGGGUGGCAAGAAGGGCCAUUCUGCUAUCAACAAAGUGGUGACCAGAGAGUACACCAUCAACAUUAACAAGCACAUCCAUGGAGUAGGCUUCAAGAAGCAUGAUCCUCGUAGACGCGAGGAGAUUCAGAAAUUUGCCAUGAAAGAGAUGGGAACACCAGACAUGCUCAUUGACACCAGGCUCAACAAAGCUGUCUGGGCCAAAGGAAUCAGGAAUAUCCCAUACCAUAUCCAUGUGUGGUUGUCCAGAAAACACAAUGAGAAUGAAGAUUCGCCAAACAAGCUCUAUACACUGGUGACUAAUGUACCUGUCACCACUUUCAAAAACCUACAGUCAAUGUGGAUGAAAACUAACAGCUGA